GUGGGUUUCCUAUAGCCAGCAGCAGCAGCAGCAGCGGAAGAAGAAGAUGAUGCUUGGACCUAAAACCCAGAGCCAUUUUCAGUGAGCAUAACCCAGAAACGUCCGUGCACAGACUGGCGGCCAGCAGAUUAUUCCUGAUCCUGUUGCUGGUUUUAUAUAAAUAUAUUCGCAGCAAACCGGUUUGGUCCACAUCCAUAGACUGAAACCAGGAAUGAGUAUAGAAAUUCCUGAAGGACUGACGGAGCUGUUGCAGAGCUUUACCGUGGAAGUGUUGAGGAACCAGCCCAGGGACUUGCUCGAGUUCGCGUUGCAGUACUUCACCCAGCUGAAGGACAGCGAGAACAAAGAGGCCGCCUCCUGCAAUGAGCAGAAUUCGGCUCCGCGCGCGGGGAAAGCGGUCAAUUUCAUUGACGAGGCCAUGCAGAUCGAUUCGGAGGACGGAGAGGAGGAGGACGACGAUGACGAGGAGUUCACAGCUCCGGUGAUAAACAGAUUCAUCAGAAGAGCAUCGGUGUGUGCUGAGGCAUUCAAUCCUGAUGAAGAUGAUGAAGAUAAAGAGCCAAGGGUCACCCAUCCCAAAACUGAUGAGCAGAGACAGCGACUACAGGAAGCAUGCAGGGACAUUCUUCUGUUCAAGAACUUGGAUCAAGAAGAGAUGUCUCAGGUUUUGGAUGCCAUGUUUGAAAAGCUCUGCACAGAAGGAGAGCACAUCAUCGAUCAAGAUGAUGACGGGGAUAACUUUUAUGUAAUUCAAAGUGGGACUUUCAACAUUUCCGUGAAGGUAGACGGUGCGGACAAGUUGGUGGGCUGCUAUGACAACAAAGGGAGUUUUGGAGAACUGGCUCUGAUGUACAACACCCCGAGAGCAGCCACGAUAAUUGCAACCUCACCUGGAGCUCUUUGGUGCCUGGAUCGUCUGACAUUCAGGAGGAUCAUCGUGAAGAACAAUGCCAAGAAGAGGAAGACGUAUGAAGCCUUUAUUGAAACUCUACCACUGCUAACAUCCUUGGAGGUGUCAGAGAGAAUGAAAGUGGUAGAUGUGCUAACCACCAGGGUGUAUGGAGAUUCACAGCAGAUCAUUGCUCAGGGGGAUUUAGCAGAUUGCUUCUACAUCGUUGAGAGUGGCCAAGUUAGAAUCACCAUGAAGAGAAGCCGGACAAAAAAAGACCAGGAGGAAGAGGAGGUGGAUAUCGCCAUGUGCACAAGGGGCCAGUAUUUUGGAGAGUUGGCUCUUGUCACAAACAAACCAAGAGCUGCAUCCGCCUAUGCUGUGGGGAGUGUCAAAUGCUUGGUCAUGGAUGUAAAGGCCUUUGAGAGACUGCUCGGCCCAUGCAUGGACAUCAUGAAGAGGAACAUCGCUAACUAUGAGGAGCAGCUGGUGACCUUGUUUGGAAGUAGCCCUGAGAUCGAGCAACAAAGUGGAUGAGGUGACUGCAAUGGACCAUAGUGGAGCUGAUAGACAAAAAAACAAAACAAAAGGAGAAGCAGAAAAAAAGAGGCUUAUGUGGAUGUUUUCCACAUCACUACUUAAAACAGCUUUUGUAAAAGACAAAAAAACAUCAAUGUAAAUAUUCACCACACUACAUUUGAGUGUCAGGUAACACCAUGUGACACAA